AUGCCUAAAAUAUUCUUCAAAUCAGACUCAUCACUGGCUAUGGCAAGAUACUUGGACGCACCCUGGUCUAUUCUUUAUUAUAUGGGGAGACUUAUUCCUAAACCGAUCCGCGAUUCGCUGUACGACCGGUUUGCCAAUAGACGUUACGAAAGCUUUGGUAGGACCAACGAAUGUCAAAGACCGAUUCAAGAAUACGAAAAGAGAUUUAUUGACUGGAGAGAAUCCAAUCAGAAACAUGAUUAA